AUGCGUUUUUCCAUAGCUGUCCACUUUGACUGGGAAAUAUUUCAACUUGAUAUUAAUAAUGUUUUCCUUUAUGGUGAGCUCAAUGAAGAAGUUUAUAUGUGUUUGCCUGAUGGUUACGAUCAAUCUAAUGGGACUAAAGUUUGUAGAUUAAAAAAGUCCCUUUAUGGCUUAAAACAAGCGCCUAGGAUGUGGAACGAAAAACUCGUUUCCGUUCUCCUAAAUCGAGGUUUUGAACAAAGUAAGUGUGAUCAUUCCAUGUUUACUAUGACAAAAGAUUCUAGUUUUAUUAUUCUUCUUGUCUACGUGGAUGAUAUUAUUAUAACUGGUAGUUUUUCUAAACAGGUUAAUGAAAUCAAACUGUUACUAAAGUCCAAAUUUUCAAUAAAGGACUUAGGAAAUCUACAAUAUUUUUUGGGUCUUGAGGUUGUUAAAAAUACUGCUGGCCUAUGCCUAACUCAAAUAAAAUAUUGCUUGGACUUGCUUGUUGAAUUUGGUAUGACUAGUUGUAAACCAGUUAGUUACCCCAUGGAACCCAAUCAUGUUUUAAACCAUUUGUGUGAAAAAGAUAAUCAACCUUUAACGAACAUAACUGUUUUUCAAAAACUGGUUGGAAAAUUAAUUUAUCUUUCUCACACUAGACCGGACAUUGCAUAUUAUGUACAUUAUCUAAGUCAGUUUAUGCAUUCUCCGACUCAAGCUCACUUUAAAAUUGCGAUAAGGCUGUUACGAUACCUAAAGGGUGCUCCUGGCAAAGGAAUUCUAUUUGAAAAAGGGGACUCUUUGGGAAUGAAGGCCUUCUCUGAUUCAGAUUGGGCUAAAUGUUUAGGGACUCGAAGGUCUAUUACUGGGUUCUGUAUUUUCUUAGGAAAUAAUCUAGUCUCAUGGAAAAGCAAAAAGCAGUCCACCGUUUCUCGAUCUUCUGCUGAAGUAGAGUAUCGUUCGAUGUGUGCUGCGACAUGUGAUGUUAUGUGGAUUUCCAACUUAUUAAAGGAGUUAAAGGUCCAUGUCAAUCUGCCCAUUCAGUUAUACUGUGAUAACACGGCUGCUAUAUCCAUAGCAGCCAACCCCGUGUUUCAUGAACGUACGAAACACUUCGAAAUAGAUCUUUAUUUUUUAAGAGAAAAAAUCUCUAAAGGCAUUAUUCAAACGAUGUGA